GUUCUACACUUUAUACAUAUUGACUUCCAAGUUCUGCAGUCAUCAAUGUUAUAAACAGUUCUUAGGGCGUCCCUAUAAUACUUGUUCAGUUUACUUUUAAAACCUUGGAAUGUCUCUUCUUCUAAUGUUAGUUCGAGUGGUAGAAUAUUCCACAAUUUGGCUACUCUAACAAAGUAACUAUUUUGGAAAGUGGUAGUUCUACAUUUCCUUACAACUAACUGUCUUCGUUUCCCUGUACUGCUGCGUGUACAUCUUGCUGCAACGUAAAAUGCAGGACAGACGCCUAUAGGUAAGAUUACCAAACCAUUAAUGACUUUAAAUAAGAAAAGCAGAUCCUGCAGUUCUAGCCAGUAGGAUACAGGUAAAAUAUCCAAAGACAAUAGUCUUUCUCGGUAAGGCAUUUCUGAAAGAUGAUUAAGAUUUAAAAUGAACUUAGUCGCCCGUCUCUGCACUUUCUCCAUCUCUUGAAUGGGGUUGACCUUUUGUGGAGCCCAGAGUUGGCUUGCAUAGGAGAAGUGAGAUCUUACAAGUGUAAGAUAGAGCAAACGUCUUGUUUCACGACAUUGAAAUGCUACGGUACAACGCUUAAGUAAUCCCAACAUUUUGUUCCCUUUUUUGCUGACGUUGUACGCAUGUUCCGUCCAAUCCAGAUUUGAUGUAAUGUGUACUCCAAGAUCUUUGAUUUUGUUGAGCGUAGGUAAUACCGAAUCAUUAAUUUGGUAAGAGUGCUCGAUUCUAUUCACUUUACGGGAGAUACGCAGAACCGAGCACUCCAAGGGUCCUUCAAGGUCCUUGGCAAGGAAAAAUGUAGUCAAUUUUUUGCCGUAGACACGCGAUGAAAAAUUGCCCGUCUGUAUGUACGGGGCUUUGUAAUUCGGAAUAUAUUUGUAAAUUGGAUAAUUAGAAGAAUAUAAACAAGAGUUUAAAACAACUUGAUCAAUCUUAAUACAUGUAAAACACUUUCUAAUGACGUCAAACGGGGAAGAACACUUAAUACGAUGUCCCAAGAGACAAUUUUUAGCGUCAGUUCGCAAUGCAAAUGAUGUUUUUUAUCAAAUUUUUAUCAAAUUUAUUUUAAUUUUUAUCUUGUUUUCAUUUUUAGUGCAUAAAGACAUACACAUCAAACUGGCAGACCAUCGAGAAUAAAUAUUCCCAAUACAGUGGAAGCUAUCACCAAUUAUACAAGUAAUUAUAUUUAACAAUUAUUCACCUUAGGCUCAGUGUCAGUGAAUAGUGCAAGAAUAUUCAGCUCGACGUGAACCAAAACAAGAAUGACAAAAAAGAACACGAACGUCGAAAAUAUUUUUUAAAAAUUUGUAACUCCUGAAGUCCCGCAAUAGUUGUAAACAAUACCUCUGUAGACACAUUGUUAAACAAAACUUUGUUGUUUUCUUCGUGUUUGGCGAAAUCACAGCGUCGUUUAGUACAAAAAUUUGCUCGUCUGUAACUGGUCUGUAACCGGAACCAUGGAUAAUAAAAUAAAUGGAUAGGACUCUAGCUGACGUAAGCAAAAACAACCUAGUUGCAAUCUGUGACGUCACGCAUAUUGCAAAGUUCUCGACAUUUUUGUUGUUUCGCUAUACUUUCCGCUUUAAAAGAGUAAUAUUGAAGCAUAUACUGGUCUAAUUGUUUUAAAAACAUGCCUAAGCCACGACAAAGUAUUCAAGGUAAAUCUUUUUCGUCUUUGUUUUGUAUUUUUUUUACAUUUGUAGCUACGAAAUUGGCGUCCCCAAUUUUUAACGAAAUUUGGGAUGCCUUUUUCACUGUUUAGUGCUUGAAAUAUUUGCUAAAAUUGACUGGGAAUACUUAGAGAUUUCAUCGUAGAAUGGCGUGGUUAUAUUCAUUUGCUCUUUGACUAAAAUGUUUAGCUGUAUUAUUGCUAGCCUGCGAACAGGCUCUCAAGCUGAAUUGAGAGCCUGCAUCGAUGACUAAUGAAUUUGAAUAUCUGCGUCUCAAAUCGUGACGCGAAAUUCUCAUUGGUCAGAUGCUAUAAUUUAUAUGUUUCCGCUGAGCUCUAUAUAUGUUAUCUGCCGAAGCACUAUGCAUAAAAAAACACAUUAAGGUGGCUCGAUAUAGUUAUUACAAAAACCCUGCUCAAGAAUCGCAAACUCAAAACGUACCGAGUGACCAUUUUUAUGCGCAGGUCGCGGAAACUGAUUAACAAAAUGAAAGAACUUCCAAAAUGACUUGACGUGAGCAGUUGCUCGCGCCAUAUCACGCCAUUGCGCAUGUUUUAUAGCGUUUUAUAUCAAUUGCUGACGUCAUUAGAAUUUUCCAUUUUAGAAAAACAAUGCGCUGUAUCUCUUUAUUUUGUCUGGUGACCUAUGUUCAAAUUUUGCAUGCUGUAUUGCACCGCUAAAAACUUUCAUUUUACAAAAAAUAAAAAAAUUCUGUAAUGCCAAAAAAAUUUUACCGAAGAAUAUGACAUUUUCGCAUUUUCGAAAAAAAUGACAUUACAGAAUUUUUUUAUAUUUUGCUAAUUGUUAGCUUUUCGUCCAAGUAAAAUAAUGCACGAAAAAAAAUUGGGGGUCACCAUGCUUCUUUUUCAACUAUACGAGACGAUAGGCCAUUUUGGAGUGAAUUUCGUACACGUAUGUCGUCAUAACAACGAACUACUAUCUGUUACUAAAACUAAUAUAAUUUGAAAGUAGAGUUAUCAAAAUAUAUAAAAAACCCAAUAUCUGCUGAAUAAAUCCUACAAAUGCGUAGUUUGAACAUGUCAAAGUGUUGAACACCUGAAUUUUUGAAAACUGUAUCGAGCCACCUUAAAUGAUCAAAUUGGUUUUGGCCAUCUUAUCUCAAAGCACGAAAUGAUCUGAUUUUGAGAAAACAGUAUUUAAAACAUUUGAACUUUUGCUUGAAUAUCUUAUAUUUCGAAAAACAGUAUAAACUGUACGGUCUAAAUUUAGUUUGCACGAAAGUUGUAAACAACACCAUAUAAGGAUAGGCAUUCCAUAUUUGGAAAAACGAACGUUACGGAGCAGAUAUUCAAAUUCAUUAGUCAUCGAUGCAGGCUCUCAAUUCAGCUUGAGAGCCUGUUCGCAGGCUAUAUCAUUGCUAAACAUGAGAAUUUGGUUUGCAACUAGGUUUCAACAUCCAAUCACGCCAUCAGCCCAUUGAAAACAUUUGGUCACGUCAGCUAGUUUCCUAUCCAUUUAUUUUAUUAUCCAUGCCGGAACGAAACGGGAAGCCAUUUUGUUUUUGUCCGGAGGUGAAUAGUGCAAGGAUAUCGGGAGCUGAACAACCCGUUAAAAUAUUUAUUAAUUCUGUAUUGAAUAUAACAUUUCAAGUACCGUUUAAUAAACGAACAGGAGUGUUUUAUUAUAGCUUUAAAGGACCUAAUAAAGCACGUCCUGCGAGUUUAUUAAACAGCUUCAAACACGACUACAAAUUCAAUAGAUAUACUGCAUAAUGCAAUAGAUAUAUUUUGUAUUCUUUAUAUAAAGAAUACUAAUUAGGAGUGUUUUUCAGGUUUAAAGCCACUGCACGUGACAUAAUUAAUGAGUGUUUGAAGUCUACAUAAUGUUUGAUUUGAUUUGAUUUGAUAUAGUUUACUAAUGAACUUUGGAACUUGUACCCUCAGAAAAUUCCUCUGUUUUACAAAUAGUAUUAUAAGGUUAAGGAUAAAUUAUAGAUACAUAGGGCUAUUUGCAUUAAACUACUAAUAAUCAGAUAAUUAUCUAAAAUAUUUAUUUCUGUAAAAUACUAAAAUAUUCCAGGUGGGAGUACAGCUCAAUUAUGGCAUCGCAUAAUAUUUUUCAGAGAUGUUGAUCUUAGCAAACUUGGGGAACAAAAAUUUGAAAUUGAUCUGGAUUCAGAAGAAGGCACAAAUGUCACUGUAUGUUAAGCAAAUUCAUUAAUUUUGUGGCAAAUAUAUAUUAGGAAAGAUGUAUACCAGUGUAUUUCAUAAAUUCUAACCAAACAAAAGUGUUACUGUAUUUGGAGACGGUAUGGUUUUUUUAGAGUGAAAUUUGGGUAAAACAAGUGAGUUUUUCAAAGAAUAUACAAAUUACGAUCAGCGAUGUCGAACUUUACGGGGAGCUAUCUGGCGUGAAAAGUAUACGUUUUGCUGACAGCUUGCGCAUUUUGCACCAGGCAGAGUGAAACAUGAUCUGCAACGUUGUUCAAGUAUCACAUCUCGGAAACAUUCAGUUGUUAUCACACGAAAAAAUAUUGCCAAGUAGAAAACAGGCUUUACACCACGGUUAAAGUUCAUUAUUUAUUUAUUGUCAUUAAACAUUUAACUAAUGGAUACAAUAUUAAUAAUUCAAAUAAAUUACCAUAUUAAACAGGAAUUUUGUAAUUUAUGAUGUAAUGGUAUUUUAUGAUGGUAUUUUCCAAUUACAGGAAUUAUACAUGUCACCUCGUAAGGAAGUUGGCUUGACGAAAAAUGGUUACCUGAACAAAGCUCCAUUUCACAGUGAAAGUGAUGGUCUUUUCAGUGGCAAGGUUAACAACAUAUUAUUGAAUCACAAUUACAAGUAAUUACUAAUUGUUACUAAGUAGUAAUUAUUUCUACUUUGUAACAAUUAUUAUUAAUUAGUAACAAUAAUUGUUAAUUUGUAAUAAUGUACAAUUUUAAUACGUGUUAUUUAUUUUCUUAGAAUGUGUACAUUAGAAAUUUGAUACGAUUCUUAUAAUUUAAAACUUGUUCUUAGACAUUUAAAAGGCGGUGGUUUUCCUUAAAAGAAAUUUCUAAUGAUGGUUCAUACGUCCUGGAAUAUAGAAAGGUAUUAUCUUGUAUUGUUGUGCAGUAUUGAAAGUUUUUUUAAUCUUGUGCGUUAUUACAUUUCGUUAUUGUGCAGAAUUAUAUUGCAUUCUUGUUCUACACAGUAUUUGUACGAUCAUUGAAACUGUUGUAGUUAUAUUAUUAUUGUGUUUGUUUCAUGCUUGCUUUCUGUAUUUUGUAAACAGGAUGAUAACCCGAACUCUACUGCCAAAGGAUCAAUAUACCUGGAUGCAUGUACGGAAAUCACGAGGGUACGUAAACAAAUGUGUUUCCUUAUAUUUAUAUGCAUGGCAUUUAUUGCCCCCGCAGCCGAGGAGGCAUAUAUUGAAGUCCACGCACGUAAUAGGAUAUCAAUUUACGGUAUAUACCAGAAAAGUUUAAGUUUUUAAAGUUUUUUGCCCGCAAAGCAUUGGUGGGUAAUAUCGCAAAACAUUCGGGGUAUUGAAGUCCCCGUACGUAAUAUGCUAUAAAUUGUUUCAGGUCAAGCAUAAAUUGUUAAAGCUAUCAAGAAGCAAUUAGUUUAUGUAUUACAGUAAAAGGCCACAAGUUUAAAAACAGGAACCAAAUGACUCGGUUCACACAUCAGUCAGUCAAAAACAAAUACAAAUAUACAAAAUCGAGCAAAGCUAACGAAUAUAAAAACUAUAGUUUUAUAAAACCAGACACACAACGGUCACAUUAUAUAAAACGUUUGCAAGGACUCAUAGUCACUGUUCCAUUAUAUUGAAAAGCGCCAUUCCUUCAGCCGGAAUAUAUAUAUAUAUAUAUAUAUAUAUCUUGUUUGUCGAUGCUGACACGUAUCUGAAGAGUGCUCAAUGCAGGUAAGAUUUUGCAGAGCAAAACUAUUAUUGGUGUAGACUAAGACAUGAUAUCUGAAGAUAAUUUAAUAAAACCUAAACCUAUUUAUGAUAAAAGUUACUCGAUAUAUAUAUAUAUAUAUAUAUAUAUAUAUAUAUAUAUAUAUAUAUAUAUAUAUAUAUAUAUAUAUAAUAUAUAUAUAUAUAUAUAUAAUAUAUAUAUGAUAUAUAUACAUAUAUAUAUUCUGAACGUAUUUAGUUCAUAAAUCAGUCAAUUUAGAUUUGUACAUAAUUAAAAAUACUUGUACAGCAGAGUUCGAUAAACUUGAAACAUUUUCUGUUCAAUAGGGGGUUCGUGGUAAAAUGCACGGUUUUGAAAUACGAAUUCAGGACAAGAUAUACAGUCUUGUUGCUGAUACACAGUCUGAAAUGGAGUCAUGGUUAAGUGUACUGUGUAAAGUAACUGGUGUAGAUAUGACCACUGGUAAAUCUAAAUCUGCGUCUUCUGGAGGAUGGUUUAGUGGCAAGAACAGAGUAUUGAAAAGUACAAACUUUCGUGAAAGUCUAAAACAGAGUAAACAUCCAGAAUUGAUGGAGUUUGCACGGGAAACUGAUCAAGUAAAUGCUAAACGCCGUCAAGAAGGAAGGAAUAAAAUAUUUUCUUUAAGUUUUUUAUCUCCUAAUAUCAACGGAGCUGGCGACGAAGUCAAGGAAGUUGAUAUACCUCACGAGAGAUUUGGCAAGAGGUUUCUAGUGCAAUGUGAUGAUCUUAAAUUUCGCUUAUCACGCAGUUUUGACAGCGUUUCUUCUGUGAACAUCGAACCUUUCUUUAUUACACUUGCUUUAUUUGAUGUGAAAGAAAACAAGAAAAUCUCUGAAGAUUUUCAUUGUGAUGUGAAUGACUCAGUUGUCUCAGAGAUGUUGCCUUCGCCUGAGAAUAUAUCUAAUGGCGUUGGUGAAUAUGAACAUCAUUUUAGUUUUCCAAAGAAAGCGAUAUUUUCAGUGACAUUUCCACAUCCUGACGUUUAUCUUGUCCUAAGAAUUGAGAAAGUUCUUCAAGGUGGAAUAACUAGUUGUACAGAGCCAUAUAUGAAAUCUGGUGAUGCUUUAAAGAAGGGAGCUGCGAAAGCUUACCGUAGUGCUGAAAUAGCUUGCCAGACUUUGUGGAGAUAUCGUAUGCCGUUUGCGUUGGCUACCAGGUGAGAAAGUGUGGUAUGAACAAACCACAGUUGACAGGAAACAUUGUUUUCUGGCCAUGUUUCUCGAAGGUGAGCAAUUGGACGUUUUGAGCGAAGGCCCUUCGUCGGGAAGUUAGUGGGGGUCUUGAAAAUCUCAUGAGCUUUUAAUAGAAGCUAUCACGUGACAAAAUAUAAACCAAUCAGAUGGAUUUAAUCAAAACAAAGUGUAAACAAAAAAAUGUAAAUCACAGUUGUAUUUGUAUAUUCUGUAUAUUUGUAUUAAUAUAGUCUGUAAUGUGAUUUACAUUUUUUUGUUCCAAUUGUGGUCCAAAUAUUGUUCAUCGUUGAAAUUUAAAACUAUCUGAAUCUACAACCCCAUCAAUAAUUACAUUGAAGAUAUAUGAUCUCGUUAUUUUGUUUAGGCCACUUUUCAAAAACAACCAAGGCGAUUUGGAUGAUGAAAAGGAGUGGUCUCCGAUUUACAAACAGGUAGGCCUACUGUACUGUUAAAAACAGGUAAUGAUCCAUACUGAAAUUGAUAAUUAUAUGAUAGGGGUAUAGGCGUUCUUUGGAUGUAAUGUGAAAAUCUGUGAAUCUAAGACAGGUUACAGUAUCUGGACAGACUAGAUAACGAGCUAAUAGUUAUCAUACAUGCGAAUUUUGAGUUGUGAGCAAACCAAGUAGAUCACACUGUCAUCAUUCUGGCAUCACCCUGCAAACAAAAACUUGUUACUAGCUCUUCGCAACGAGACCUUGUAGGUCAGUUCCGGAGUGCUGAAGCCAGAAUCCCAAGCUAUAGAUACGAGUCUUCCCAGAAGGCCAGUUUUCCACUUCAAGGUACCGUACCGAAACGUUUCAAAAACAUUUUUAAAUUUCAAAAUUUAGUGAAUGUUGAUUGGUUAAUACUUCCGUAGUACGCCAAAAAGUUGACUUGCGACGAACGUUUCAUUUUGAUACGCGAAUACACCCGGAAGUACGUGGAUUUAUCAACCUCUUUUCAAUCUACACACGCUCACUAGUACGUUUCGGUACGGUACGCUUGAAGUGGAAAACUGGCUUAUGUAGUUGCAUUUUCCAAUUAUUCCUGGUAAAUAAAUUCUUAAAAAGGAAUGUAGAGUCAACUAUUGAAAACAUUUUUUUAACUUUGUUCUUUAUUAAACGGUGUGCGUAAAAUUUAGAAUAUGGUAAUUUACCCUUGUCAUGCAGUGGCAAUUACAAAUUAUGUGUUUUAACGGUAUUUGAAUUGAACUUCAUAGAAAUGAAGAACUUGAACACGUGGUCUUGCCAGUGAAAUUUAAGUAAAUGUCAGGAUUUUGGGCCUACACUCGAUAUAACUAAUUGUAGAUGGAUUUUGUAGAAUGAAAUUUUGAGUGUGAAAUUUAAGUACCUUAUUUUACCAACUGAAGACUAUUAUUGUGAUUUUAAAUUUUGUACAGGAUAGUGGCAAGCUGAGUGAUGAUGAAUUAUUAAAAUUGGUGGAAGAUAUGGCUGGGUUAGUUGGAAACUUAAUUUUUCCAUGACUUUGUCCGGGACUUCGUGAACAAAUAAAAAAUAUUCCAAUUACAAUUAUUAAAGAAUUAUUAAUUAUUAAAAUUUGCCCCCCUCUUCUUCUCAGCUUAAAUGUAGUCUGUUUCUGUGCUUGACUUCUAGCAAAGAAAAAUUCAAGCAGCAAAUUAUUCCAGCAACUAUCAAGAUGAAUGUGACAUCAUUACCUAACGAUCUUGCAAGUAAGUGGUCAACCUCGUUCCCUUCCCCAGACUCUUCUCCGCGCUCUUCGGGAACGAGGUUGAUAGAUCAAAAGUUUGAAGUAUUUGAGGUUUUGCUGACAUCAUUAUAGUAAAAUUUGUUGGUUUCAGACAGCACAAGCGAGGCAGCAGUGGUAGUCAGCUUCAGAAAUAUUGACACUUAUAAGAGCAAAAUAUCUCACUUAUAGUUUUGGGCACCAAAUACAAGACAUUAUUUUCCCAUUCGGAUAACUGCCUGUCAGCUGAUAUUGCUUAUUGAAAGAAACCUUGAACCCCCACCUACAGAGAACAAGACUAAAUGUGGUGCCCAAAUGGAGUCGGAUUAUUUUCUGAAAAAAUGUUCUCAUUGCCUCAACCUCAACUCUCAUUGCAUGACCGAACCUAAGAGCUCCGAUUUAACGUAACAGCGCUCUGAUCACUGAGCUGUUAGGACGUACGAUUGUUCCACCCACUCAGAAAUGAGCAAUUACAGUAUAUCUGGCUCCUGGUUGGGUCAGGCCAUAUCGUCCCUUAAGAUCUAUGUUAUACAUGAAAGUGGGUUUUUCUCAAAUGUUUUGCGGGCGAUCAUUGUACUAAAUCACGUCAUUUUUUUAUCAUAGAUUCCAUGACGGCAUCGUUAUUACCCGUACGGCCAUUUAACGACAAAAGUAAGAUUCAGCCAACACUUGAGGUUCAGGAGUUUGUUCCCGCUAUUCCAGAAGCCGUUCAUCCGCACAUGGUCUAUGCAAACAACUUCUAUGUCUAUCCACUCAUGUUAAAUUUUAACAAUCAGAAAGUUUUUUCCAAGG